UGUUGAUAGAGAAGGGUGCAUAGUAUUAAUUAAUCAGAGGAGUGACGUGUGAGAAAAUGGAAGAAAGCAAAGGAAGAGUGUGUGUUACAGGAGGUGCAGGGUAUAUUGCUUCAUGGAUCAUCAAGAGGCUCCUUCAAGAUGGUUACUCUGUUAAUACCACUGUAAGACCCGACCCAGUGCACGAAGAAGAUGCAAGCUUUCUUUAUUAUUUACCUGGAGCAUCUCAAAGGCUACAAGUUUUCAACGCUGAUCUCAACAUUCCAGAAAGUUUCAGCGCAGCCAUUGAAGGGUGUAUUGGAGUUUUUCAUGUUGCUACACCAGUUGACUUUGAAUCAAAAGAACCAGAAGAAAUAGUGAGCAAAAGAUCCAUUGAUGGUGCACUUGGCAUUUUGAAGGCAUGCCUCAAUUCCAAGUCUGCGAAGCGAGUUGUGUACACUUCUAGUUCCUCUGCCGUGUUUUACAACGGUAAAGAAGAGGAAGUAAUGGAUGAAAACUUUUGGAGUGAUGUGGAUUAUCUUAGAUCUUCAAAGCCAUUUGGUUGGCCAUAUGCGGUUUCAAAGACAUUGACAGAAAUGGCAGUGCUUGAAUUUGGAGAACAAAAUGGAUUGGAUGUUGUCACACUAAUUCCAACUUUUGUUUUUGGACCCUUCAUUUGUCCAAAGCUUCCUAGCUCAGUCGAUGCUACACUGAAUUUCGCAUUUGGUGACAAAGGACCAUUUGGUUUGCUUCUUCAGGCACCAAUGGUGCAUGUGGAUGACGUGGCUAGAGCUUAUAUAUUUCUGCUUGAACAUUCUAAUCUAAAAGGGAGGUAUAAUUGUUCACAAUGUUUGGUGACUCAUGAAAGGAUAUCUGAACUUGUUUCUGCUAAGUACCAAAAAUUUCAACCACAGACAGUAGACUCGUUAAAACAAAUUGAAGGAAUCAAGUUAUCAGAUUUAUCAUCAAAGAAGCUCAUAGAUGCUGGAUUCGUGUUCAAGUGUGGACUAGAGGAAAUGGUUGAUGACGCAAUUCAAUGUUGCCAAGAAAAGGGUUACAUAUAAGGUUGUUGUGUUUAUAUAUAUAUAUAUAUAUAUAUAUAUAUAUAUAUAUAUAUAUAUUAUAGGACGCUUACCCAUAUAAUGAGACAACAUUUAUCUAUGUAAUAAAUGGUUGUUUAAGCUAAUAAUUCAAUCGGACCUAAAUGAUUCAUACUGUGA